GAUAUGGGAGGGAACAUGGACCCGAAUUAUAUGCUGGUUGGUUGCUCGGAAGGUAUCAUCGGCUUGUGAAACCUUCCCAGAGUUCAGUAAUGACGGACGAUCUUUACCUAUACACCUAUUUAGUAUAUUGGCUAUUAGUCGCCUUGUUAGCUUGUCAAUCUAGUACGUAGCACGUAAAUUGUAUGAGCUGACUGAGGCCGGCUGGAGAUGUUCCUCUAGCUUUGGGUGGGGGAAGGGAUUGGGGAUUUGGUCCGUGCAUUCUGUUAACGUAAGUGUUCCGUCCAGCAUGGUCUAGUGGGACAACGUCAAGCUUCUGGACACAUUGACGCACAUAGACAUAUAAGUACAAACCCGACCACCACCAGCAAUCAAUCAAUAAUAUCUUGUAGAGCUUCGAUUCGAGGCUACAUCUGCCAGUUUACAUGCAAGCGUUGCUCUAAAAUUAACCCGCCCCUCUAACCAGCUGCGUUAUCGUCGUCGGAAAUGGCCGACAAGGACUUGACGGAUGCCGAGAAGGCUGAGAAGCUCGCCGCCGCCAGAAAGCGGCUCGAGCAAAUGAAAAAGAAGUCCAAGAAGGCGGGCGGAUCAAAAAAGACCAAAGAGAAAGAGGAAGAGGGAGCUCCGACAGAAGCCAAAUCUGAAGCGACGACCAGUGCUGCUGCCGACGAUCCAGCCCCCGAGGCCGCCGCUGAAGAUGCCACCGAAGAACCCUCGUCUCCGACACAAGCAACCCCGUCGCUAUCACAACAAUCCAAACUCAGAUCUUCGUCAUUCCGGCAGGGACCACUGUCACCAACACUAAGCCCCGAUGGCGAGACAGCCGCCGACAUCUACCGGAAACAGGUCGCGCGCAUUGAAGACCUCGAGAAGGAGAAUAAGCGGCUCGCCAAAGAAGCCGGCGACGCGGAGAAGCGGUACAAAAAGGCCGAGGAAGAGCUUGCUGAUCUUCAAGAAGCCGAUCGGGAUGGAUCAGAAGAUAACCAAAUAGAAAAACUGAAGUCCGAGAUCGCUGCUCUACAAAGGCAGAAUACGCAGCUUCAAUCAGCCGCUACCAAGCGCCAUGGCUCUUCACCUUCUUUAGCCAUGGCUACACCAGUAGAUGAGCUCCAGGCACAGCUUGCAUCUAAAUCGGCCACAAUCGAGACUAUGGAAUUGGAGAUUUCACGUCUUCGUGCCCAAGCCGAGCGACAGGCGACAGCAGGAGGCACGGAUCGAGAGCAGAUUGUAGCUUUGGAAGACAAGCUUGCUCAGUCGGAACAGGCUGCGAUGAAGGCUCAACGGGAACUAACCGAUCUCAAGGGCAAUCUUGAGCGCACCACUGAACGCGUCACCAAAGAAGGCAGUGCGCGGUCAAGUGCCGAGACCAAAUUACAUACGUACGAACAGAAUCUAGAGCAAAUCACCGCUGAAAAGUCAGAGCUAGAGAAAAAGGUAGAGGCUCUAGAGAAGAAAGUGCUCGCAUUAGGUAAUCUACACAAGGAGAACGAUAGUCGAUCACAGACUUUACGGAAAGACAAGGAACGCGCGGAGAAGGAGGUGCAAGAGGCAAAGUCCAAAAUUGAGAAGCUUGAAGCGGAAAAUCUGCGCUUACGGAAGAAGGAUGCUGCUGAGGGUGGUGGUGACGACGAAGCCAUGGAUGAGCUAGAGAACGAGGAACGACAGCGCAUGGAGAAAAAGAUCCGAGAUCUCGAAGCCGAAGUCUACGAUCUACGAAGAGGCAUAUGGCACCAGAGACGACGAGAUAUGGAACCUGGUGCUGAGGAAGAUUUCACGAACAUCGACCUCAGCAAUGCUGGCCCGCUGUCACCCCAUUCGACGCGCAAGUCUAGCAACAAGGGCUUCAGCGACUAUCUAACUAGCGGCAUCAACGCGCUGACAGGCGUUGCCCCCGAAGACCACGAUGACUUCCUCGAGGACGACGAUAUGGAAUUUGACGAAGAGGCCUUCAAGCGCGCACAGCAAGAGGACGCCAAGAGAAGACUUGAGCGCAUCAAAGAGCUGAAGCGUGGGCUGAAGAACUGGGAGGGUUGGAGGCUGGACCUCGUCGAUGGACGGAGAGGAGCCGGUGUGAGCGAGAUCUUUGAGAUAUGAGAUCGUACUGGACGGUACGAGCCCUCUGGAGAAAUACCGGUGAUGAAGAAUUCAAAGUUUUUGUAGGAUAUGGGUACGAUUAUACAUGAAAUAUACCGAGAAUUGGGGCUCGAUGCUUGUUGCAACAUCGUAGGUUUUGAUAUUUGGAGCAUUGCUUCUAAGUCUAUUUUGAUCAAGUGGCUUCAACGCAUACAAGUUGCAGGCAUGGGCCUCGACACUUGAUACAUCUCCCAGGCCAGCCAGCUGUGCGCGUGGUGUUGCCGUAUAAGGCGAUUACAACUAGCCAAAAAAUGUGCCUCAAUCCUGUUUGUUCCUUGAUUUUUACUUUUUACUUUUGUAUCUGAGGUGAACUGGGGGGGAACGCAAGCGAUGAAGCCUAAAGCUUAAAAAUGUCCUGAGCAGUACAGACAAAUCACAUCCUCGGAGCAGGAAUCCAAGAUGAGGUAAAUUCUACAGGCGCAUAAGCAUAAAAGCUGGUAGGCCAUUAUAAGCUCAAGCACAUUAUCAUUUGAUGUAUUGCUGAACCCCUGAACGCACGCUGAAUGAAGCUAUUGGUAACUAGUGCAUAUCGUUACCGACGCAUACUGGUACGCUAUUACACUCCUGUCAAUACUAUAUGAAUGAUUUCGG